GCAUUCAGUCGAGGUCGAAGCUUUUAUAUGGUGCUUUACUUGCCUAAUGUCUGCGUCUUCUUGGCAAUCUUACCAUUUAUUCCCUGUCUCGCUCUUUUCCUCUGUCAUCCCUCUCAUUCAUUGCCUCUCUUUUUUUCUUUCUCUCCAGAGCAAACCAGCAAUGCCCAGAGAAUCCAUCCAACUCAUCAUCUAUAGAAAACUGGUCAGAGACUGAAAAAAACCUUGACAAUGACGUCCAAUUGGAAGUAGCCAAACUAGUAAGGAGGUCAUUAAUGGAAGGACAUUGAAAAGUUUAAAACCUUAUUGGAUAUUGGAUUCCUGUCUCCACCUUCCACAUACAAACUCUCUGACACUGCCACACAAACACACAAAUUAAUUUGGGUGAUCGAGAGAAGGAAACAUUCCUGCUUUCUACUGGAUAUAAUCCUGCUGACGUUGGCCGAUGUCAUCUCUUGCCUCCACCCCGUUCAGCUCCUCAGGGGGCUGAGCCGUCCUGCAGAGGAGUAUGGGCAGGAGGGUGGCUGACCCAACCAAUCCGGUGCCUGCCCUGGGGGUUCCCCUGGCAGGGGGGCGAUGGGGCCCGCUGUGCAGUGUCGGGGUGCAGACAUCUCCCGGACUGCGGAUUCUCCCCUCCAUCAAACGACACAGCAGCCAGCCAACCAACACGCAUCGCCCGCUCACCAUGGCAACAGACAAAACAGAAGUUAUCAGAAGUGACAGCAACAGUCUGCCGGUGUCCAAGGAGACUUCUCAGAACGAGAUCAACAGCCUGACACAAGACGACAUGGGGUCACAAGGGUCGGGCAGCGGAGUUUACUGCCAGAUCAAAACUAUUCGGACAAACCCCAAGGACACGAGAGGGAAAAGGACAGCUCGGUAUACAAAUGGCAGUGUAGUGGCAUCUGAUGUGGUGGGAGGGGUUUGCACUGAGGCCACAGAAGGUAAGGAGCCAGCCUGUGAGAGGAGGAGGGUGCAGUCACUGCGAGGGGAGGGUGGCCAUCGCUCCGUAUUAAAGACGGGAAGCGUCUGUACGGCCACACACGCCACCCCACCCCGGCCCUGCCGGGUGAUGACGACCUCUCCACCUCGCCUGUGUGGGACUUGCGGGAGGAGGCGUUCACAGAUUACACCAUGCACAGGCGCAUGUCGAAGGAGGGCUGUCAAUCAAAUAACAGCCAGCCAGACUUUACCUAAUCCACCGAGGAAACCGUCUGUGGCCCCCAACCAGUCAAGGAAAGACUCUGCUCUGGACUCUCAGUCUUACACCAAAAACACAGACACAGCAAACACCUCUACACACACAUCUGCAAAAACUUCACAAAUACCACAGCUGUCGCACACUAUACCAAAAACACACAGCUCACAUUCCAACCACACAUCGCACAGUCAGAACAAAACAAGAGACGCGAAGCAGCAGACGAGGCCACAUUCUGCAGACUUUACUCAUUACAAAGACUCAGCCACACAAACAACAGACGCGCACAUACACAACAAAACAGACAGGACCACGGCUACCACACAUACACAACGAGCACACAUGCUGUCUGCAGAUGUGACGGAACCACAUUCUACUGACCAACCGAAACACGACGUGGGUAAACUCCAGCAGGCCAACGAACACGCGCACCAACAACACACAUUAGUCCGCAUCCCCUCAAAACCUCUAGCUCCUCCCCCUAGCAGUGAGCCAAAAUCCACCAAUACCCCAAUUCUCCCACCAAAAAACUCCCCUAAAACGACUUGUUCCAAACCGACUACGCCCAUAAUGCAAACCAAAAACACCCAGGAGGCCACAAAUAUCCCCAAACAAACAUCCUCCACACGGAUCAAACUCAAGGACUACACGAAACAGAAGAGCAAAUCGUUCGACGACCACACACUGCCUUGUAAGACUCAUAUGAAAGCACAAUGUAACGGGGCACCGGGAGGACUGCUGGGCGGACAUGUGGGGAACGCGCCGCGCGGGCUGGAGAGGCAGCUGCAGAGCGUGGAGGAAAACCUAGUGUCCAAUCAGGAGAAGAUCAAGGUGCUUCUCAAUGUCAUUCAAGACCUGGAGAAGAGCAAGGCCCUCAGCGAAGGUCGCAGCUCAUACAGAACUGGUCAGGACAUUAACAACUGCCCCACCUGCCAAAAGACAGCCUGCAUCAUCUACAGUGUGGAGCAUGAUUUCCGGCAGCAGGAGGGACGCUUCCAGGGAGUCAUGGAGGCCCUGGAGGGUGAGUACGACGUGCCUGCAGCGCCCACUCUGACCAAGUCCACGCCAGUCCCUUCCUCCUCCUCCUCCUCCUCCAGCCGCCCCGGUACCAAGGCCCGUGUCAAGAAACUCCGCAAGAAGUGUUUCUGGUGGCUCUAAGCUUUUGGAGAAAUCACAACGGCCUUUCUGGGAAGCAGGUGCACACAGGUGUGGAUUAUGUUUCAGUGGACCUGUAGAGUUCUAGAGUAAAGCUUCUCUCUUGUGAUCAUGUGGGUGUGUAGUGUGUUUAAGUGUCAUUAAAAUCAGUGGAGGAGUGGGGGUAUUUUUCUAAGCUGCAUCCCUGUAAAUGGCACUUUUUCCACAGCAAUCCAUCGUCAGAUUUGACAAAAUACACCAGGGAUCUGGUAGAGAAACUGGAAAUGCACUUAAGAAGGAACCAAAGGAGCUGUGGAACUUUCCUCUCAGAUCUGUCUGAGAGGGAAUUUGAGGAAGUGAUCAUCCUGAUCUUCUCUCUUCAGGAGCCAGACUUUAGCGGCUAAUUUGUGAUUAAUUUGUGAUUGAAGGUGAGGACACUGUUUUCCCAUAAUGAUUCUGACAACAAAGAGAGGAUGCGUUGACACUUUGGAUGACAGACGGUCGCACUAUAUGUAACUCGGCAGACUGGCUGUCUAGACAGAUGGAUAGAUGUAUGAACGGAUUUAUGCCAAGACAGAUUCACACCUACAGCUGGGAAUGACAACCAUUUUUCUUCACAACCAUUUUGGCUAAAUUACAGCAAUAAGGAGGGGAAGCAGAAUGGAAUGCUGUGUCUUUGGACGGCCUGAUGGCCAAAAUUUUGAAUGUAGCAACAACUGACACACUAAGAGGAUAUGAGUGAAAAUCAAGCUGAUGAGCUCUCUGGAAAACAAAGAGACAGCCCGCUGGAUGGAUAUCAGGGUUUAGAGAGCACAGUGGAGAUUGUAAUAAGAAUACAUUAAGAGACAAUGUGAUAGGCAGCUGAUCAAAGACUGACAGGCUGUGUCAGACAAUUAAAAAUUCUGUCAGCGUUGACUGACAGAGUGAUUGAUUCUCUCCUUUAUUACCAUCCAAAAUGGAAGUGUUUUGCUGUAAUCUCAAUCUUGUUUCAAGGAUUUUCACACAGACGUGUGCAUACAAACACAUGCACAGAGGCACACACUUGCAGACACCAAUUUGCACAUUUAGUAAACUCACAGAAACACAAGCAAGCAUUCAUGCACACGCAUACACAGCGUACAUUCAGUACAUGUGUGAACCAGUGCAAACUAGGGGUAGACCAGUUUUCAGUUCACUGUUAAUGAUUGGCCUGUACUCAUGUAGUAGAAAUGCAUUGAUAUUUCCAAAAUGACACCCAACGAAGCACCAGUGAAAUCUCUCUGAAUUACAGUGAAACUACCCGUUGAUGUCUGGAGUUUUUCCUAAUUCAACAUGGCACAAAUUGUGCAGAGGAAUGCUCCACUGACAUGCUACAAUGUGAAGAGCCCAAAGCCAUCAGCUUUUAUGAUGUUAUUUAGCAUCUACCUUCUGUGACUGUUUGCACUCUCACAGAGAUUCAUGCAGAAAGUUACCUAGAAUAUUAUGCAGGAAAGCCAAAACAUAUCUAAUAUUUUUGUUAUUCCCUAAUAACACAUUAAAUAUAGAACAGGCAAUUUCCAUAGCUAUAUACUUGUUCUGUAGCAUUCAGGCUAUAGUGCCACCGCUAGCUUGUUCGUCGAGCUGACAGACAGCAAGAAAAGUCAACGAUAAAACAUACCCUGCUGGUCUAGAUAUUAUCAAAAUGUGAAAAAGAAAAAAAAUCAUUACACUAUAUUGGGUCAAGGUACGUUAUCUGAUUUAAAAACGAAAUUUGAUCAAUAAACAAUGUCUUUGUAAAAUGAUAACUCAGUACAUAGUGGAAAAUGGUAUUUUAUAACCAACUAUAUAUUGGCAGACAUGACUGUUAUCAGCAAUUAAGAUUCAAAAAUCAAGUCCUGCAUGGGUCUAUCCCUUUUGCAAACACGCACCCACAACACACACACACACACACACACACACACACACACACACACACACACACACACACACACCAGUGCUUACUUCACAGCAGUUUAGAGCCUAACCACUAAUCUCACAAGGGCCUACUUCAGCUGCUUCUGGUUAACAAGUUGCCACCAAUUAGAAUCCUGGAUGACAACACACUUACUAAUUAACCAAUCUAUAUCCAAAAUACCCUGUCCCUGCAUUUUUAUAAGCUGUCCCAUAACAGUGUGUGAGCUCCCACGAUGCCCCUCUCUUCCUGCUCUUCCUCUUGUAUGUACAAUAAAAGUGUGUAUUUUAAACAAAAGUCGCUGUUGUCAGCAUACUUUGUGUUUCAGAGUCAAAUCACCUGGCAGACUAGGUGGAUGGAGGGUUGGUUGUAUAUGGCGCGUAUGCAAAGUU